CAAGGUUUUUAGUAUUACUCGCCCUAUUUAUCUCUUUCUUUCUUCAAUGUCCUUGCAACAGAAACACUGAAGAAACCCCAGCAAGGAAAGGUUGGCACUUGGGCCAUUUGUACCUGAAAACGUUGUUUAUCUAUGGAGACCAACAAACAGCAGAGGAAGAAAUGGUUCCUCCCACUUGUAUUGUCUCUACUCUUGUUAACCUUACUCAUACUCUUUUCCAUCUUCGUCUCCACCGAUUCUUCCUCUUUGCUCUACCUAUACCGUACACGUGGCAGAGUGGAAGAGCCUCGUUUCGUGGAGUCAAAGCUCAGGGUGUCUUCCACGUCAUCCAGCGAAUCCGUUCCCAGGAUCGCCUACCUGAUCUCGGGGUCAGUGGGUGAUGGCGAGACUCUGAAGAGAACCCUCAAGGCCCUUUAUCAUCCCAGGAAUCAGUACGCUGUGCACUUGGACCUCGAGGCUUCCACGCAGGAAAGAUUGGAGCUUGCCAACUUCGUCAAGAACGAGCCUCUCUUUGCCAAAUUGGGCAAUGUUAGGAUGGUUGUUAAGGCUAACUUGGUCACCUACAGGGGACCUACUAUGGUCACUAAUACCCUUCACGCUGCGGCCAUUUUGUUCAAGGAAGGUGGACUCUGGGAUUGGUUCAUCAAUCUAAGCGCUUCUGAUUACCCCUUGGUCACCCAAGAUGGUUUUGGUUUUGUGUUAAUGGAUUUAAAUGCUGGUUUGUUUUGGAAUGCAUUUCUGAUAUGUGAUCUGACAGGCUUGUUCCUCUCUCUCUUCUUGUGGCCUGGGGUGGUGGGGGAGGAAGAAUGCCGGGUUUCAGAUAAGAAUCUGUUGCAUACGCUGUCAUCAACGCCGAGACACCUUAACUUUAUUGAGCACACCAGUGAUAUUGGCUGGAAAGAAGAUCAGAGAGCCAAGCCUGUUAUAAUUGAUCCAGCACUUUAUAGUGUCAAUAAAUCUGAUUUAUUUUGGGUGACAGAGAAAAGAAAUGUUCCCACAGCAUAUAAGCUGUUUACAGGUUCUGCUUGGAUGAUGCUCUCUCGCCAAUUUGUUGAGUAUUUGUUAUGGGGAUGGGAUAACUUGCCUAGAAUAGUCUUGAUGUAUUAUGCCAACUUUCUAUCCUCCCCUGAAGGGUAUUUUCACACAGUCAUCUGCAAUGCUGAUGAGUUCCGGAACACUACUGUAAAUCAUGACCUCCACUUCAUAUCAUGGGAUAACCCUCCAAAACAACAUCCACACUUCCUAACAAUCAAUAACUACGAGGAAAUGGUGGAGAGCAACGCUCCAUUUGCUCGGAAAUUUGGCUGCAACGAACAACUCUUGGAUAAGAUUGAUACUGAACUCCUGGGACGAAAUGAACAUGGUUAUGUGCCUGGCAAGUGGUUUGACCGGACAAAUUCAAACACCACCAAACCAUAUUCUGCCAUAAAAAAUAUCACCGAACUUAAGCCUGGCCCUGGAGCAGAAAGGCUCAAACGUCUUAUCAAUGGUUUAUUGUCAGCAGAAGAUUUUCACACUAAGCAGUGUUCUUGACUCCCAGUUUUAAACACCUUGCUAUGCUCAUUGUUGUUUAUCCAUCACUCAGCGGCAACAGGCAAACCAUUAUGAUGUCCAGUUGACACCUGAGGAUGUUCUGAGACAAACAAGAAAUAUGAGAAGAUAGAGCAGAAAACGGAAGGGACCACCAUUUCUUCAAUAGUACGUGUUACCUUCAAUUUCUAUUUUUACACAAAUUCUAACGUGACCACACUUUUGUAGGUAAUAUGUAUCCAUUGAUUUGAUUCACAUGAUUUAUUGAAUUUCAUGAAUGGCAAUGACGAGUCAUCAUUUAUGCAAUUGUC